CAUAUGUCUCUUGUAAAGUAUGUUCGAUAACGAAUUUAAAGAAGAAUGAAGUUAUUCAUCAUAUAAAAACUGCGUGGUUAAAUUAAUUGAAUUAUUUAAUUAAUAAGACAUACCAAAAAUGAGUGAAGGAGUAAGAUAUCGAAAUCAUUAUGUUCAGAAAUCAUUAGAAGAAUCAUUUAUUAAAUCUAAAGCAAUAAACAAAGCUAAGUGCAUUCAACAAAAUGCAACCCAACAUUUUUCAUUUGCUCUUAUAUUCCUAUUAUUAUUAUCUUUGAUAGUUAUAGUUUUAGAAAAAAUUUUACCUGAUCCCAAAUUAAUUAAUUCUGAAAGACUUCAUCCUGAUAAAUUUAUUGCUGAAAGAGCAAGAGCUCACGUUCAUAAUUUAACCUCUAUUGGUCCUCGUGUGGCUGGUAGCUAUGAAAAUGAAGUGCUGGCUAUCAAUUUUUUAACUAGUACAAUAAAUGAUAUAAUAAAAAAAACAAAUCAAAAUCACAAAAUUUUGAUAGAUAUUACAAGACAUAGUGGGAGUUUUGCUUUACCAUUUCUUGAUGGCAUGACACAUAUCUAUAAAAAUGUACAAAAUGUAAUAGUUAAACUUGGACCACAUCAACCUUCAAAGCAUAGUCUUUUAUUAAACUGUCAUUUUGAUAGUUUUGUUGAAAGCCCAGGUGGUUCAGAUAAUGCAGCAGGUUGCGCUGUGAUGCUAGAAGUUCUUAGAGUAAUUUCAGAAAGUACCAAAUAUUUAAAAAAUAAUAUAAUUUUUUUAUUUAAUGGUGCAGAAGAAAAUAUUUUACAGGCUUCACAUGGAUUUAUAACUCAACAUCCUUGGGCCAAAGAAGUUAAAGCAUUUAUUAAUUUAGAAGCUUGUGGUGCUGGUGGAAAAGAGCUUUUAUUUCAAGCAGGCCCAGAAAAUGCAUGGAUUCUUGAAAUAUAUUCUCAAUCUGUACCAUAUCCUUAUGCUUCAUCAUUAGCACAAGAAAUAUUUGAGAGUGGUAUUGUACCUGGAGAUACAGAUUUUCGAAUUUUUCGAGAUUUUGGAAAAAUAUCUGGAUUAGAUUUUGCUUGGUCAACAAAUGGUUAUGUUUAUCACACAAAAUUUGAUUCCAUUAAUCAAAUACCAUUAGGGUCACUACAAAGAACUGGAGAUAAUAUUUUGAGUCUUUCACUUGCUAUAUUAUCUAGUCAGUAUUUAACAGAGGAAACACAAAUUUCAGAAGGAUCACUUGUAUUUUUUGACUUUCUCGGUCUGUUUGUUAUACGAUGGCCUGAGUAUAUAGCAAAAAUUGUUAAUGUGAUUGGUAUUGGAAUUGGAUUGUAUUCUAUUUAUACAGAUAUGCAUAGCACAAGAAAAGAUGUAAAAAAAUCAAGAUAUACUAAGGAAUUGAUAAUAUGCAUUGUAAUUAUAAUUUGUUCCUGGAUCAUAUCAAUGAUUUUUAUGACUAUUAUUGCUCUGAUAUUUACUAAACUUGGCAAAGUGAUGAGUUGGUAUGCUCGGCCAGCAUGGCUAUUUUUUCUAUAUGUUUGCCCAACUAUUGCUAUUUCAAUGAUUUUUUUCAUUCUUAUGGGUGCUCGACAAAAACAGAAUAUCAGUUCUUGGAUUUUAUAUCAGCUAUAUUUUGAUGCUUAUAGCAUGUUAUGGAUAUUAAUUUUAUUUUUGUGCAUUUUACUGGAUAUUAAGUCUGGUUUUAUACCAUUACAUUGGGUACUGUUUCUUUCGAUUGGAAAUAUUAUACGCCAAAAUUUCUUCAAUAAAUGGAAAGAUUGGAAAUGGUUGUGUUAUCAUAUGGCUACUCUAAGUUUACCUUAUGUACAAUCAUUUUAUUUGUCUGUUGGUGCUCUUUAUCUAUUUAUUCCCUUAAUGGGUAGAGUUGGUGCCAGUAUCAAUUCCGAAGUUCUUAUAGCUAAUAUAUUAUCAAUUCUCUUCUGUCUUCUACUUAGUUUCACGAUGCCAAUGGUUAUACUUGUAAAAAAUGGACAAAAAGUUAUUAGUACAUUAAUUGGAGUAUUCUUAAUAGCAACUGGCAUAUUAUUUUUUACACCUCUUGGAUUUCCUUACACUGGAGAUCCUAUUUCUCCGGCUCCUGAAAGAUUUAUGAUUGUGCAUACUCAAAGACAAUAUUAUAAUGCAGAUGGUAUUCUACGUUAUUCAAGUUGUGGAUAUUGGAUGGUUAAUUUAGAUAUGAAUAGUCCACAUAGUAUUAAGACAAUAGUACCAGAAGUAGAUGCUGCAAUAUCAACUAUAGAUGAUUGUAAAAAUGAACUAUACUGUGGUUUACCAUAUUUAGUACCAGUAACUACUUUCCUGUGGAAAACCAAUUGGAUUUCAGGACCUCCACCACUAAUUAGCAUUCCAACAACUUUAGAGUUAAUUGAAAAACUAAUCAAUGGAAAUUCAAUUUCUUUCUCCUUUAAUAUAACUGGCCCUGAUCAUAUUGGUAUAAUAAUAUCUCCUUACAAAGAUAUACAAUUAACGAAAUGGAGUAUAUUGAAUGAAAAACCAUUACAAGGACCAAUAUGGAAUAAAAGAGAAACUUAUUUUGUAUACUAUUCAUGUGUAAAAGAUUGUGAACCACUUAAUUUCUCUGUGGAAUUAAAUAUACCAAAAAAUUAUAAUGGUCAAAGUCUGUCAAUUGCUUUAGCUGGACACUUUUUACAUGGAGAGAACCAACAUUCUUUAAAAUUUAAAACUUUUCUAUCACAAUUCCCAACAUGGUCUGUUAUUACCUCUUGGACUGCAUCUUAUACAUCAUGGCAGUUUUGAAUAGCUAUUAAAAUAUUUUUAAAAGCUAUGAAAAACAUCAGAAUGUAUAAUCAUUUGACGACUGCAUGAUUGCAGUGAAAUUGAAUCAUAACAAAAAUUAUAAGUAGUAUAUA